AGCGGCGGCGGGGGGGGAUGGAGGCCAUGGAGGCGCUGUGGGCGCUGCUGGACGAGGUGGCCCUGGAGGGGCUGGACGGCAUCACCCCGGCCGCGCUCUGGCACCGCCUGGCCGCCCGCUCGCCGCCCUUCCCGCUGCCGCUGGAGCCCGACACGCAGCAGCUGCUCUGGGCCGCGCUCAGCGCCCAGCCCGACCUGCGCUUCUACCGCCUGCCCCGGCCGCGGCCGCCGCUCCGCCUGCACGACGGAUAUGAAGAAAUAGACCUUGAAACAGGAAUACUGGAAACCAAAAGGGAUCCUGUUGCUUCAGAUGAUAUUUAUCCUGUCCACAUGAUUUUGGAUAACAAAGAUGGCAUACAAGGUUCCUGCCAGUAUUUUAAAGAGAGAGUAGAUAUCACUGAUCAGAUAAGGAGGAAGGAUUUGCAGCCUUGUUAUACUUACAAAGAAGCUGUUGAAAAAUGGGGAGAGAAACUAGUCAUUGUUGCUUCCCAAGACCAGCGUUACAGAGCUUUAAUAGGCUGGGAGGGGGACCCUGACUUAAAACUCCCUGACUUCUCCUACUGUAUCCUGGAGCGUUUGGGCCGUGCUCGAUGGCAGGGAGAGCUCCAGAGGGACCUUCACAGUGGGGCUUUCAAAGUGGAUGCUGGAAAACUUCAUUAUCACCGACGAGUAUUGGACAGAAAUGGUCUCAUAACAAUGCAAUCCCACGUCAUACGUCUGCCGAGUGGAGCACAGCAGCACUCAAUUCUUCUGCUUCUGACUCGCUUUCAUGCUGACAGGAGGAGCAAAUAUGAUAUUCUAAUGGAGAAGCUCGCAAGUAUGCUAAGUGCUCGUUCAAACCAGAUGGAAACAUUAGGAAACUUGAGGGAAGAAUUGGGCCUUUGUGAGAGGACUUUCAAACGUCUGUAUCAGUACAUGAUGAAUGCUGGCCUGGCCAAGGUCAUAUCUGUGCCAUUGCAGGACAUCCACCCCAGUGGAGGACCCUACAAGACAAAGAAAGGGACUGAUGUCAUGGUCCGUUGCCUUAAGCUGCUAAAGGAAUUUCGGAAGAAAAUGGAAGAUUAUCAUGAUGAUGAUGAAGAAGAGAUCAUGACAAAAACUGUUCAGCCUGUGGAUAUUGUUUGUGAAAGGGACAUGCUCACCCAGGCUUAUGAGCUAAUUGAAAGCAGAGGAACCAAAGGUAUUUCUCAGGCAGAAAUUCGCUUGGCUAUGAAUGUGGGGAAGCUGGAAGCAAGGAUGCUCUGUCGACUUCUGGACAGGUACAAGGUUGUCAAGGGUUUUAUGGAGGAUGAAGGUCGGCAAAGGACAACAAAGUACAUCUCACACAUUCUUGCAGAGGAGAGUGAUUUAAACAGGCAGUUUGAGAGAGAGAAGGCCAGGAGUGAGCAGCUGGCUACAGUUACUUUGGCUCUGGUGCCUGAAGAUUCCCCACCUGUGGAAGAGGUGUCUCCUGGAGAGGAUGAUACUUUGGUCUCAGAGUCUGACAACGAAGAGGAAGGGAAAGAUGGCAAGAAGAGAGGAAAAGGGCAGAAGGCCAACUCUGGUUCUCUCUUGAAAUUAAGUUGCCAAGAUGAUGCCCAUCAGUCAACACCAGCUAAAGACUCAAAGCCAACAGCUGUGAAGUCUCAGGGAAAGAAGCUGCCUUCCCCUCAAAUUCUUGAAGAUCCUGAUGAGCUCCCAGACAACAUUUCGGGGGAGAGUUCUACUUUGGAAACUCUAAAGCAGGAGUCCAGUCUUUCCACCUGUGCUCAUUCCACUGAUGAAGAUGGGGAUGUGGCUGUGGUGGAGGAAGUCAGACUUGAAGAUCCUAAGAAGGCGUGUGGGCAGAAGAAGGAGAAGCGUUCCAGAGCCACAGCAGUGGAGAGAUCCCACGAGACCUACCGGCUGCUGAAGCGGCGGAACCUCAUCGUGGAGGCCGUGAGGAACCUGCGGCUCAUCGAGAGCCUCUUCACACUUCAGAAAAUGGUCAUGGAUCAAGAGAAGCAGGAAGGUGUCUCCACUAAGUGCUGCAAGAAGUCCAUUGUGCGGCUGGUGCAGAAGCUGGCGCGGGAAGGGCUCCUGAGGCUCUAUCGCACUACAGUCAUCCAGGAUGGCAUCAGCAAAAAGGUGGAGUUUGUUGUGCAUCCCUCAGUGAGUCCCAGUGAUCCCCUGGUAAAAAGUGCCAUAGAGCAGGUGCGGUUCCGAAUCUCCAACUCAGCCACUGCAAACAGGAUUAAAGUUCCCCAGACACCAACAUCCCAGGACCAUGGUGAGGAAGAAAGCUUGGGGCAAGAGGCAGUUCCUGAUUCAGGAGAAGCGCAAGAGAGCUCAUCCAAAGCUGAUAGUAGUCGGGCAAGAAAAACUGAUGAAAAAAUGGGCAUAACACAGCUAAAAAACUAUCAUCCUGUUACAGUUCCAGGACUUGGGCGCUCUCUUGGCUUCCUUCCCAAAAUGCCCCGUUUAAGAAUGGUCCACAUGUUCCUCUGGUACUUAAUUUAUGGACACCCCUUAAAUGGAAUGCAGCAAAAAGGAGGUACUGAUGGUGAGCAAAAAGGCAGCAGUCAAGGGCUGGAUGAGAAUGCAGCUGUAGUUGAAGCACAACCAGAUGGGACCUUAGAAAUAGUGACAACUGUGGUGAAUCCUGAGACCUCUGCACAGGAGACUGAAGUAGAGUUGUCUAAUCAGAAAGUGUACGUGGAUGACUCGUCGUGGAUGCGCUACAUCCCCCCUGUCCCCGUGCACAGAGAGUUUGGCUUUGGAUGGGCUCUUGUCAGUGACAUCCUUCUCUGCUUGCCUCUCUCAGUCUUUGUUCAGAUAGUACAAGUCAGCUACAAGGUGGAAGGUCUGGAAGAUUUUUUAAAUGAUCCACUAAAAAAGCACACUCUGAUCAGAUUUCUUCCAAGGUCAGUCCGACAGCAGCUCCUCUACAAAAGGAGGUACAUCUUCUCAGUGAUAGAAAACCUUCAAAGAUUAUGUUACAUGGGACUGCUACAGUUUGGCCCAACAGAGAAGUUUCAAGACAAAGACCAGGUGUUUGUGUACAUGAAGAGGAACGCAGUGAUUGUUGACACCACCAUCUGUGACCUCCACUACAACCUGGCGCAGAGCAGCCGCCCCUUCGAGCGGCGCCUGUACGUGCUCAACACCCUGCAGGACGUGGAGAACUUCUGGUUUGAUCUGCAGUGUGUCUGCCUCAACACACCCCUGGGAGUCAUCCGCUGUCCUCGGACCAAGAAAAGUAAUCAAGGGGAGGAGACUGCACUGGAUGUGGAAAUGGAACAAGAGUCAGCAGUGAAUAAACACAAUCUGGAGCGAAAGUGUGCGAUGCUGGAAUACACCACAGGCAGCCGAGAGGUGGUUGAUGAUGGAUCUAUCCCUGGAGAUGGGUUGGGAGCUGCAGGUCUGGAUUCCAGCUUUUAUGGGCAUCUGAAACGCAAUUGGAUCUGGACAAGCUACAUCAUCGAUAAGACCAGGAAGGAAAAUACAGUUUCUGAAAAUGGACUGACAGCAAGACUCCAAACCUUCUUAACAAAACACCCCCUGCCACUCAGUACUGGAGGUAACAAAAUUAGUAUUUUGGGAGAAGCAAAGGUCGGAUCAGAGUUACUUGUCCAGAAGGAGGAAUGUUUUGAAAUAAGUAAAGAACCAACCCAGGAUCGAACGAAACGAGUGAGAGGCGGAAAAAGCCAGAAGAGGAAGAGGCUUAGGAAGGAAGUUGCAAAGAAGACAAAGAAGAGAAAGAAAGAAGAGGAUUCUGCAGAAAAGAGCAAAAGGCUGCGUUACCACGACGAGGCUGACCAGAGUGCCCUGCUGAGGAUGACCCGGCUCCGGGUCACCUGGACGGUGCAGGAGGACAGUCUGCUCAUGCUGUGCAGGAUCGCCAGCCACGUGCUCAACGCCAAGGUCAAAGGGCCCUUUGUGCCCUGGCAGGUGGUUCGGGAUAUCAUGCAUUCCAGCUUCGAGGAGUCCCUGGAUAAAACCUCUCAUUCUGUUGGGCGAAGAGCUCGUUAUAUUGUCAGGAACCCACAGACUUACCUUAAUUACAAAGUUUGCCUUGCUGAAGUUUACCAAGAUAAAGCCCUCAUCGAUGAUUUCAUGAACAGAGAAAAUAAUUACGAAGAUCCACAGGUUUGUGCAAAGGAGUUUAAGGAGUUCGUGGAAAGGCUGAAAGAGAAAUUCAGUUCGACCCUGGGGAAUCCCAAACUUGAGAUUCCUGACACUUUGCAGGAACUGUUUUCCAGAUUUCGGGUGUUGGCAAUCGGAGAAGACACAAGUCAAGGCACAAAAGAGGAUAAUCUGAGCAGUGUUUAUGAUAUUCAUUUUCUAGUGCUACAGAAUCUGAUUCAGAGCACGUUGGCACUUUCAGACAGACAGAUGGAAUCUUGUCAGUCAUUUCAGACGUUCCGGCUGUACCAGGAGUACCAGGAUGACAUCCUGGUGAAGGCUUUCCUGGAGUGCCAGAAGAGGAGUUUGGUGAAUCGCCGGCGGGUGAACCACACGCUGGGGCCCAAGAAGAACCGGGCCCUGCCCUUCGCCCCCAUGUCCUACCAGCUGUCCCAGAGCUACUACAGGGUUUUCACGUGGCGCUUCCCCAGCAGCAUCUGUACAGAGUCCUUCCAGUUCCUCGAGAAGCUCAAGGACGCUGAAAAAUCAGACCAGGCAGAUAACUUCUCAUUUAAAGAUCAGGAAAACACACCAUCAGAGGGCAUGGUGGCAUUUCCCAUGGAUGGACCCGGUGGCCAGUGUGUGGCAAUGCUUUCCCUGUUCUCCCUGGGACUUGUGACUGUGAAUGUGAGAAUCCCAGAGCAGAUCAUUGUGGUGGACAGCACCAUGGUGGAAAAUGAAGUGAUAAAAAGUUUGGGCAAAGAAGGGCUGGAGGAGGAGGAUGAGGAGGAUGAUGACCUGGAUGACAGCGCUGGAGGCAAGCGGAGGAUAGAAGUGAAAGCUCGUCAAGCUUCUCACACCAAUUACCUGCUAAUGAGAGGCUACUACGCCCCUGGCAUUGUGAGCAUGAGAAACCUGAGCCCCAGUGACAACAUCGUGGUCAACUCCUGCCAGGUGAAGGUCAGGCUGAGGUGCUCCCCUGUCCCAGGGAGACUCAGCUCUCCAGUUCCCUCUCUGCUGGAUAACAUGGCUGUGGGAAUCUCCUGCCUCCCUGAAAAUUUCACCAGGCUGAUAAAAAUCCAAGAAGAAGAUUAUGAGGUUGCUAAGUUCCUCCAGGAGUGCACAGAACGUUGUGGUUACAGCCCCGGGGAUGCAGAGGCUGUUCUGGAGAUCCGUGGGGCCAUAGAGGCAACUUCCCACUUCGGGAUUUGCAAAGCUGAGCUGAGCAAACGUUUCUGCAGCUAUGAAGAGGUGGAAGCUACAAGAACCAGGAGCUUGGAGCAGUACAUUCAGGACCUUAUUGACAUGCAGCAGGUUUUAGAAGUAGGAGGCCACAGUGUAAGACUGGUUGCAAUGGUGUUUGCCAAGCCAUGGCUGUUGCAUUCAGUGUGUCUGAAGGACAGACCAGAAGAUGCUGAUCAGCAAGGGGCAGACAGUGCCCUCCCAGAUGUGCCCCAGGAGUGCCCAGCAGAGCCAGGGAAGGGACAGGAGUGUCUGGGAGAGGAGGAGCAGCUGGGAAAAGACACAGAACCUGUCAGUGAUGAAGAACCCCCGAGGAAGAGACGUAAGACUGAAAAUGAUGUCCUUGAGGAGGACAGUCAGCUCUGCCAGGGUUCACAGGGCAGCCUGGAGAGUGCAGAGGGAAGGGACUUGGAUGCAGGUGCCACUGAUCCUGUCACAGCAAAGGAAGCUGUAACUGGGGGUGGAGAAGCAGGUUCCCUGGGAGUGCAGGCAGAACACCCAGCUGAACUCCCAGAGCCUGCUCCAGGGGCUGUGGAUGUGGACACUCACAAGGAACAAGAUCAACCUUGUUCUGAGGACAAAGAAUUUGAAGUGCAGAACGAUGAGCUCAGCACUGAGCACAACAAAGAGAUCCCCAAGCCUGAACAAUCAGCCAGUGAGCAGGAUGAUGACCUUUCCUACUUGCAGGAGAACCCAGGAGUCUCCAAAGGCAGCUCCAUGACAGAUGCCCCCCAGGCAGCCAGGGACCGGGCCUGUGAGGAUGUCUGCUUCAUUGGGAGACCGUGGAGGAUCGUGGAUGGGAACCUGAACAAGCCUGUGUGCAAGGGGAUGAUGGAGGCUGUGCUCUAUCACGUCAUGGCAAAGCCGGGCCUGACGGAGGCGGCGCUGCUGCAGCAUUACAGUGGGGUGCUGCAGCCCGUGGCUGUGCUGGAGAUCCUGCAGGGUCUGGAAACUCUGGGUUGCAUCAGACGGUUCUACCUGAAAAAGCCAUCCCCAGUGUCACUCUUCUCUCAGCCAGUUGUGGAAGAACAACUCAACAAUCCCAAACUGAGUGAAACCCCAACGAUCUACUACGAGCCCACGAUAGAUUGUACCCUCAGGCUGGGGAGAGUGUUCCCCUCUGAAGUGAACUGGAAUAAGUGGGUGCAGAUUAUCCCUGUAUAGGAGGUAAAGCUGAGUCAUAUCAAAUUGGCUUAGCCUGUAGGAGGGAGCAUUAAUGCAGAUGAAACGCUGCAAUUUUUCCUCCAUUAUGUUUUUAUUAAGUUAUUUAUCCUUUUUACUUCUGAAUGUAUUUAAACUGAGAAUAAAGUUUGAUGUUAAGACAGAA